AUGUCUCGAUGGGGUCCCGCGCCAGAGCCUACAACGGAGCUCGGCCGUUUCCGAAUCCUUGCCCCAACUGCGGGUAUCAGGGUCUCUCCCCUGUGCCUCGGUGCCAUGUCUAUUGGAAGCGCAUGGGCUGACGGCAUGGGCAGCAUGGAUAAGGAGCAGUCGUUUAAAUUGCUAGAUGCCUACGUGGAGGCUGGUGGUAAUUUCAUAGAUACCGCGAACAACUACCAGGACGAAGAAUCUGAAACCUGGCUGGGAGAGUGGAUGGCCUUGCGCAAGAAUCGUGAUCGCUUGGUCUUAGCCACGAAAUUCACGGCUGAUUACAGGUCCCAUGAGUAUGGGAAGGGUAACUCCGUCAACUCCGGCGGAAACCAUAAGCGAAGUCUUCACGUCAGCCUCAGAGACUCACUGGCCAAGUUGCAGACAGACUGGGUUGACAUAUUGUACGUCCAUUACUGGGACCAGACCACGUCCAUCGAGGAGGUCAUGGACAGCCUUCACAACGUUGUGCAGCAGGGCAAGGUCCUCUAUCUUGCCAUCUCCGACAGCCCUGCCUGGGUGGUCAGCGCUGCUAAUACGUAUGCAAAGGCCCACGGGAAGACGCCAUUCUCGCUUUACCAAGGCCGCUGGAAUAUCAUGCGGCGAGACUUUGAGCGGGAAAUCCUCCCCAUGGCCCGCCACUUUGGCCUGGCCCUGGCGCCGUGGGAUGUGCUCGGACAUGGCAAGUUCCAGUCCAAGAAGGCCAUCGAGGAGCGCCUCAAGAGCGGAGAGGCUCUUCGCAGCCUCGCCGAAGGGUCGGGACAGACUGAAGAUGAGGUCAAGUACAGCGAAGCGCUCUCCGAGGUGGCCGCCGAACACGGCAUCGAGUCCCCAACCGCGAUUGCUUUGGCGUAUGUGAUGGCGAAGGCGCCCUAUGUUUUCCCCAUUGUUGGUGGUAGAAAGAUUGAGCAUCUGCAUGACAAUAUUCGGGCGCUCAGUAUCAAGCUCACGGCCGAGCAGAUCCAGCGCUUGGAGAGCGUGAAGCCGUUUGACUUUGGAUUCCCCACUGAUUUCAUCGGUCCUCAUCCGGGAGAUACUGGCAAGGCCACGGGGUUCCUGGCAAUCACGGGUCAAUUUGGCAUCGUGGAAAAUCCAAAGCCCAUUGGAUACGCCAAGUAA